AUGGAGCCGGGGGGCCGGGCCCGCACUGGCCCCCCGCAGCCGGCGGCCCCGGGGUCGUGGAGGGCUCGGCCGGCUGGCGGCGGCGGCGGCGGGGGCGCCUCCUUCUGGCUGCUGGACGGGAACAGCGGGCUGCUGUGCUAUGGCCUUCUCUACCUGGCGCUCUACGCGCAGGUGUCCCAGUCGAAACCCUGCGAAAGGACCGGCUCCUGCUUCUCGGGCCGCUGUGUCAACUCCACCUGCCUCUGCGACCCGGGUUGGGUGGGCGACCAGUGCCAGCACUGCCAGGGCAGGUUCAACCUCUCCCCCACCCCCGUCCCUUCUCGGUCCGGGGUCCCCGGGCUGGGAGCGGCCCCCAGCGCUGCCUUCCGCCGGGCCCCGUGCCUUGGAGAUCCCGACCCUGCGCCAAGCGCCCGGCACCGACCGCCGUGGACGCGAAGCCUCUCCGGGUGGUCCACCUGUCCGCUGCCCGUCUUUUUCCCUGAUCGUCAAAAAUUCCGCACUCAGUUACGUCCAAAUGCAGUAUUAAGAUUAAGAUUCAAUCAUUUUGCUACAGAAUGUAGCUGGGAUCAUAUGUAUGUUUAUGAUGGAGAUUCAAUAUAUGCACCUUUAAUAGCUGUACUUAGUGGUUUGAUAGUUCCUGAAAUACGGGGAAAUGAAACUGUGCCUGAAGUCGUCACAACAUCUGGCUAUGCACUGUUACAUUUUUUUAGUGAUGCCGCGUAUAAUCUAACUGGUUUCAACAUUUUUUACUCAAUCAAUUCUUGUCCUAACAAUUGCUCUGGUCACGGGAAGUGUACAACUAGUGUCUCUGUUUCAAGUCAAGUGUAUUGUGAAUGUGAAAAAUACUGGAAGGGUGAAGCUUGUGAUAUCCCCUACUGUAAAGCCAACUGCGGCAGUCCGGAUCAUGGUUACUGUGACCUAACAGGAGAAAAGUUGUGUGUCUGCAAUGAUAGUUGGCAAGGUCCUGAUUGUUCUUUGAAUGUUCCUUCCACUGAGUCUUACUGGAUUCUGCCAAAUGUUAAACCCUUCAGUCCUUCCGUAGGUCGGGCUUCCCAUAAAGCUGUUUUACAUGGGAAGUUUAUGUGGGUGAUCGGUGGAUAUACUUUUAACUACAGUUCUUUUCAAAUGGUCUUGAAUUACAAUUUAGAAAGCAGUAUAUGGAAUGUAGGAGCUGUAUCAAGGGGACCUCUCCAGAGAUAUGGGCAUUCACUUGCUUUGUAUCAGGAAAACAUCUUUAUGUAUGGAGGCAGAAUUGAAACAAGUGAUGGCAAUGUCACAGAUGAAUUGUGGGUGUUUAACAUACACAGUCAGUCGUGGAGUACAAAAUCUCCCACUGUGCUUGGACACGGUCAGCAGUAUGCUGUGGAGGGACAUUCUGCACACAUUAUGGAGUUGGAUAGUAGAGAUGUUGUCAUGAUCAUAAUAUUUGGAUAUUCUGCAAUAUAUGGUUAUACAAGCAGCAUUCAGGAAUACCAUAUCUGUGAGUUACUUUGA